AUGUGUACUAUUAUUUCUUUUAAGCUUUUGAAUCCUAGAAUUGGAGCAAGAGUGCAUCCGGAUAUAAUCAAUAAAGCGAGAAAAGUCCAAUCGCAUCUAUUACUAAAGCAGAUAAAAACAAUUCACGCAAAAAGAGUAAUGAAUCCUGAUAAAAUUGACAAAAAGCAGUUUAAAAAUAUUCCAAUAUUUCAGAACCUGUUCCCUUAA